AUGUCGCGUCAGCCAUGUGCAAGUACCCGCCCGAAUCCUUCUCCAUCCACUGCAAAGCCUUGGCUAAACGAGGCGGAGAGAGUUGCAGUUCUGGCUGAGAAGCACGCAAGGGGAGAUGCAGCUCGCGGUGUUCGCAACGUGCGCAAGGAGAGGGUUCGAGUGGAGAGGCGAGCCGCAGCACGGAAAGCAGCAGGCGAGGCAGCUGUGGAAGCUGCCGCGAAGGCGCUGCAAGGGCUGACUCGAGGUGACGAGGGUCGAAAGGAGAAAGGGCCGGUGAUUGGAGGGCUGGUAGGUGAGGGGCGUGGGAGGGAAGGGCGGGCAUUGGAGGCACGUGAGGUACACACAGUGGUGAAAUCAGGUGCAGUAGAGAAUGACGCAGGUGCAGGGAGAGUGGUACGGGCAGCUGAAGUGGAGAGAGCAGCUGAAACAGCAACAGCAGCGAUGCAGCGGCCGGCGAUACAACGGGGGAUGGGUGGUGGAGCUGGGGUGACUAGGACCAAGAGUCGAGGCAUUUUAGCAAGAAAAGGAAAAAGCCCAAGAAGCUUCCGUCAGACCAACAACGAGAAUAAGAGGGAGGAGUGGGAGAGGAGGCAAGAGCCUGUGACAAACCAAACGCCCUUGCGCAGUCAGGCGGUGAACGUGAGAGCAGUGAGAUGUGACUCGAGGGACCGGGAGAUACUGAGGUGGGAGAGGGCACGCGUGGGGAAUGAGAAGGGACGGGGAGCGGAUUCAGUGGCAGGGAAUGAGAAGGGACGGGGAGCGGAUGCAGUGGCAGGGAAUGAGAAGGGGCGGGGAGCCGAUGCAGUGGCAGGGAAUGAGAAGGGGCGGGGAGCCGAUGCAGUGGCAGGGAAUGAGAAGGGGCGGGGAGCCGAUGCAGUGGCAGGGAAUGGCAGGCGUGUGGAGUCUGGCAGGGGUGUGAUGGGCGCGGGUGGUCCUGAGGAGACGAGUGUGCUGAAUUACCAGAACCAGCCAAUGGGAGAGGCCGAAGGCUGGGCCGCAUCCGCAGCGGCACGGCCCGAGGAGCACAAGCACGGAAACCGCGCUGGCCAGGUGGGAAUCCUAGAAAUGGAGGUGGAGAUGUAUGGGGGCUGCUCCCCCGGGGUGCUCGAGUUUCUCCACCUCUGCGCCAACCUUGGGGCCAAGCGGCUGUACAAAGCAGGGCGGGGUUUACGGGUGGAAGAGAAGCUCUAUCACUCCUACCGGCAGCGCUUUUCCAUCGCACUGCAGCGCGCCCUGGUAGACACGCUCAUGGGCAAGAGCUUGACGGGCUUUGGGGCCGGGGCAGCUUCUACAGCCUACCAGGAGGAGCCUCUUAGCCUCGGGGAUCUCAUGCAAGUGAUCGAGCCGUGGUAUUAG